CUUGUCCCCCCUCCUCUCCCCACCCCUCAUACCUGAGGCCCUCUUCCUAUUGCUCUGCUCUCGUUGUAUCCUUCUCUUCAAUCAAAACUAUAGGGUCAUAUCACUCACGGGACGUCCACCAUGGUUCUCCGUUAUUUCACCGGUGUUGUAUUCGUGGCCCUCCUGGUGGUCGGACUAUAUUUGCUCCUGACCGGUCAAGGUGAACGAUUCAAUGUCGGUUACUUCUUAGAGUCGGUAUCUCCCUAUGCGUGGGCCAACCUCGGAAUUGCCAUGUGCAUUGGCUUGUCGGUCGUCGGCGCUGGAUGGGGUAUCUUCCUGACGGGAUCGUCCAUCGUCGGCGGUGGUGUCAAGGCACCUAGGAUCCGGACGAAGAACUUGAUCUCCAUUAUUUUCUGUGAAGUCGUUGCUAUCUAUGGUGUCAUCAUGGCAAUCGUCUUCUCCUCCAAGCUCAACCUUGUUGACAAUGACGGCAUCUUCUCGGGAAGCGACUACUACACUGGUUACGCCCUGUUCUGGGCCGGUAUCACGGUCGGUACAUGCAACCUGAUUUGCGGUAUCUCGGUCGGUAUCAAUGGAAGUGGUGCAGCUCUGGCCGAUGCUGCGGAUCCCAGCUUGUUCGUCAAAAUCCUCGUCAUCGAGAUUUUCAGCUCGGUUCUCGGUCUCUUCGGACUCAUUGUUGGACUUCUGGUGGGUGGCAAGGCCCUCGACUUCGGCGCCGCUUAAGAGUAUAAGGAUUGUGUAGGAGCUUGUUGUCGGUGGGGAUGAAUUGUAUGACUUCUCUCACGUUUGUCGUUGCCUUUUUUUAUUCUUCGUCAUCCUUUAUCUACUGCAUCGGGGCGUACGGAUUCGAUUCAACUGUAGAACUUUGUUUUGGCUAUGCGUGCGAAAUGCAUUGUUGAUCUCGCUGCUUUGCCUGUUAUUGCGACGGGGAAGAGAUGUAUAGUAAUUGGCAGCGGGGCUGACCUAGGAAUAUAAAAGUGAUGAAGGUG